AUGUCUUAUUCCUUUACUCGCGAUAGAACAGCGGAAUUGAGGCAAUCUUUUGAAGGAGGGAGCAGGCCCAUAAACAGCAAUCUUCGGGAGAAUCAUUCAUUCAGCAACGAUGCUGGUUACUUGACGCCCAACAAUAGCAAUGCUACCAACACAAAUACGCCCACUAAACCUCGACCCACUUCGAGAUACUAUUCUGGCGCAGAUAUCACUACUAUCAACUCGUAUAAUAAUGACUACAACACUACCAAUAAUACAUUUAAUACUACUACUAAUACUCACACUACUCUCAAUAUUGAUAAUUCACCAUAUUCAUCUGCAUCUUCAGUUACACCAAAUACACCUACAAUCAAUGCUCAUAAUUACAGUAGAUACAAUGGUAAUAAACCACCUCAGGUUCAGCCCGAACAAGUGAUUGAAAUGAGCGAAAUGCCUGUGAGAACGGAACCUGUGGAUAUCAACACAUUGGACGGAUUCUUUGAAGAGGUGGAAUCGAUAAAGGAUGCCAUUACAAUGAUCAAUGAAAACAUUGAUGCUGUCGAAAGACUUCACACAGCAGCACUGAUGAGCUCCAACGAACAGCAAUGGUCGCAACUCUCGAGUCAAUUGCAGAACAUGAAGAAAGACACGACAAGCAGAAAUUUGAGUAUCAAAGCAAGAAUGACAGAAUUGGAGAAUGCCAAUAGUAGACAGGGCCAAACACCAGAUGGACAGAUGCGCAGAACACAGUUUUCUGCCCUGAAAAAGAGAUUUAUGGACACCAUUCAGAGAUAUCAAGACAUUGAGCGAGCUUAUCAGCAAAAGUAUAGGCAGCGUAUAGAGCGACAAAUCAGGAUUGUGAAACCUGAGGCGACACAAGAUGAAAUUGAUGAUAUCCUCGAUAAUGCAGAUGACGAUGCUCAAAUAUUCGCACAAUCGCUCAUGCAAGCAACGAGACGAGGUCAUGCUAAAGCCGUGCUAUCCGAGGUACAAAACAGACAUGAUGACAUUAAGAACAUUGAAAAGACCAUUGUGGAACUUCAUCAACUGUUUAUGGAUAUGUCAUUAUUAGUGGAACGUCAACAGGAGACGGUAAAUGCAGUUGAGCAGAACGCAGAGACAGCAGCCGUUCAAUUGAAGGAGGGUACGAACCUAGUCAACAGAGCCAUCAUGAGUGCAAAGGCAACAAGAGCCAAAAAGUGGUGUUGCUUUUUCCUCACCAUUGGCAUUUGUGUGAUGAUUGGCAUUUUAGUGUGGUGGUUUGGCUUUGAUCACAAGGGUGUUGGUGGCAACUAA